AUGUCGAAGAUCAUACUGUUUAUUGCUUUCAUUUGCCUUUGCGUGGCCGUCCAAGCCCAGGAUAGGGAGAUUUGCAGGCGGAUCAGGGAAAGAUGUGACUCCAGGGCCGAAAGAAAUGGAAGGACCAAUGAUGUCUCAGACAUCUUCAAUGAAAACUGUCGCCGUUUAGACAGACGUUGGCGCAACAUCUCCAGAUGCGAACUCGCAUGGGCCACUUGUCAAUUGACCCUUGAACGAUGUGAGACCUUGUCCUGCGAUAAUGUAAGGCGAGUCCUGACAAGGCGACCCAACGAGUAAGGCCCCUCGAACGGAC